UUGUUUGGUCCCUAAACCCUGUGAAACCUUGCUUGUGCUUGCAAACACACCUGAUGCUGGGAAGUUUCUUACCACUGACUGCAUCCGGCCUGGCACUGGGACAUUUUAAACGGGAUGGGCAGUACUGGGGCGCGCGUCCAGUCUCCACUAUCCAGUUACCACCUGUAGGAAAGGACUACGGACCCACGCGGUGCGCUGAGUCGUGCGUUCGCGGCCCCACCCCCGCGGGAGUCCCGCCCUUGGGCUUGGGCUCCAGCCUACACCCGGAUAAACACCCGAACCUACCUCGAACCUUCUUGAGCUGCGAGCCAGGGACCUGGGUGCCUGAGGCCUGCGAAGUCAGCUUCUCCGUGGUGGCCAGAGAGGGAGCUGUGUGAAAGGUGUUGGCCAGAACAUGUCUUCCAACCUGGAAUCAGUGAAGGACAUGCUUGUUUUCUUGGGGAAGUCACUGUUUAGUAUUUUGGAGGCGCUAUUUUUUCAACUUAUCCCAAAGCCAAAGAAGAAUGUUGCUGGUGAAAUAGUCCUCAUAACAGGUGCUGGGAGUGGACUUGGAAGGCUAUUAGCCUUGCAGUUUGCCCGCCUGGGAUCAGUGCUCGUUCUCUGGGAUGUAAAUAAAGAGGCAAACGAGGAGACGCUACAGGUAGCUCGGGAAGCAGGAGCCACCAGAGUGUACGCCUACACCUGUGACUGCAGCCAACGGGAAGAAGUGUACAGAGUGGCUGACCAGGUUAAAAAAGAAGUCGGUGAUGUCUCUAUCCUCAUCAACAAUGCUGGCAUUGUAACAGGCAAGAAGUUCCUCGACUGCCCUGAUGACCUCAUGGAAAAGUCACUUGAUGUCAAUUUCAAAGCACAUUUAUGGACAUAUAAAGCCUUCCUGCCUGCCAUGAUUGCUAACAACCAUGGCCAUUUGGUUUGCAUUUCAAGUUCAGCUGGACUAGUUGGAGUAAAUGGGCUGGCAGACUAUUGUGCUACUAAAUUCGCAGCCUUUGGAUUCGCUGAAUCUAUGUUUGUCGAAACAUUUGCAGAAAAACAAACGGGGAUCAAAACUACAAUUGUGUGCCCAUUCUUUAUAAAAACUGGAAUGUUUGAAGGUUGCACUACUAAGUGUCCUACUCUGUUACCAAUUCUGGACCCAGAAUAUGCAGUCAGAAAAAUAAUUGAAGCUAUUCUGCAGGAGAAGUUAUACUUGUAUAUGCCCAAGUUUUUGUACUUCAUGAUGUUCUUAAAAAGCUUCUUGCCUGUCGAGACAGGAAUGCUUAUAGCUGACUAUCUGGGAGUCUUUCAUGUGAUGGAUGGCUUCACUGGUCAAAAGAAGAAAGCUUAAAGAGAAGUUCCAUGCCUGAUGUCAUCUGACACCCAUGACUACAGCAGGCUUCUUUCAAAGAAGAAGGGUGAUUCUGUCUGACUGAACCCAAAGACAAGUACCACCCUUGUUCUUCUACAGACCAGAAUGUCCCUCCAGUGUCUUUUAAAUGCAAUGUUAUCUUUUCCUUUUUUGUUGAGUGUUUUGUUGUUGUUGUUCAUUGUUUGGAAAAUAAAAUUGACCCUUUUGUCAUUUCUACUUCAACAA